CCCUAUCAACCUCCGUUGAUUUCGCUCUUCAACAACACGGUCUUUUUUAAAGUUCCGUAGACGAAAAGAGAAAAGGGGCUGAGAGGACACCGAAAAUAGGGACCGUUCGAGUAUUUUAAAUACUAACGGGACAUAAGGAAAAUCUAAGGAAGGCGUGAAGAGGUCUAUCUGGGCGUUUUUGUACCACAUUAACCGUUUCCUGGUGUUUAAAUACGGGUAGGCAAUUGCUAGCACCAUCAGGCUAACGGCGUUAGCAGCUAGCGAUCAACCAAAUGACAAAGGAAAUAUAGCCAGUAAAACCACAUUUCCGUAACGAUAUCUUUUAUACGCGUUGCUUACUCGGAUCGGGGCCUUAUAUUUUGACCGAUCACCCAGAUAACAGAAAACGGCACACACGAUCUGUUUGAAUAAACCCGACAAAAAUCCACUAAAAUGGCGGAGCCGGACAAAUUAAACAUUGACUCCAUAAUACAGCGUCUCCUGGAAGUUAAAGGCUCCAGGCCAGGCAAGAACGUACAGCUGACAGAGAGCGAAAUCCGUGGCCUCUGUCUCAAAUCGAGGGAUUUCCUCAGCCAGCCAAUCCUGCUGGAGCUGGAAGCACCGCUCAAGAUCUGUGGUGAUGUUCAUGGUCAGUACUAUGAUCUUCUUCGUCUGUUCGAGUAUGGGGGCUUUCCUCCUGAGAGUAACUACUUGUUCCUGGGGGACUAUGUGGACAGAGGGAAGCAGUCCCUAGAGACAAUCUGCCUCCUGUUGGCCUACAAAGUCAAAUAUCCUGAAAACUUCUUCCUGCUGCGUGGCAACCACGAGUGCGCCUCCAUCAAUCGUAUAUAUGGCUUCUAUGAUGAGUGUAAGCGGCGGUAUAACAUUAAGCUGUGGAAGACCUUCACGGACUGUUUCAACUGUUUACCUGUGGCUGCCAUUGUAGACGAGAAGAUCUUCUGUUGCCAUGGAGGCCUCUCUCCAGACCUGCAGUCAAUGGAGCAGGUGCGGCGUGUCAUGCGGCCCACGGACGUGCCUGACCAGGGGCUGCUUUGUGACCUGCUUUGGGCUGACCCAGACAAAGACGUGCUGGGAUGGGGAGAGAAUGACCGCGGCGUGUCCUUCACCUUCGGUGCAGACGUGGUGGCCAAAUUUCUUCACAAACAUGACAUGGACCUAAUAUGUAGGGCGCAUCAGGUGGUGGAAGACGGUUAUGAGUUUUUCGCAAAGAGACAGUUAGUCACCCUGUUCUCCGCUCCUAACUACUGUGGCGAGUUUGAUAACGCGGGGGCCAUGAUGAGUGUGGAUGAGACACUCAUGUGUUCCUUCCAGAUCCUCAAGCCAGCCGAUAAGAAGCUGUACUACGGUGGAGGUGGAGGAAUGGGCUCAGGUCGCCCGGUCACCCCGCCGCGAAAUUCAGCCAAGAGUGGAAAAGCCAAGAAAUAACACCCGCUGGAUGACCCCCACCACCCUCCCAACGUCCUCUCCUUAUAUUCCCUAUUCUCACCCCACUCUUUUUCUCUACCUCCCUCCUUUCUUUCCGUCUCCAAACAGCUAUAAAGCGAAACAGUACCCAGGGUUGAAGUCCUUCUCUCUCUCUUUUUUUUUUUUUUGGUUCCUCAUGUAUCUUUACAAAUGUGUGUUUAUAUAUGAGACUGCGUGUGUGAGCGUCGGUUCUGUUUGUUACGCUCUUUGUGUUCGUCUUUCCACCCAUCCUUCCCUCCACCGCUCAUCGCCCCCAUCUCUCCACCUGUCUCUGUGUCAGGGAGUGUCCGAUGAAGCCUCCAUGCAAAUGCCCAGCCAGACUCUGUGAAAGAUAGAGACAGACAGAAGGGUUAAAGGGGCGGGCGGGCGGGUCGAGAGGUGCGGGUAAAGCCCCCCUCACUGUUUGUCCUAAAUGGUUUUAAACACAGAACUUGCACAUCCUGCAUUAGUUAGAGAGCCAGUCUGAGUGAAAUGUGAUACAUGUACUCGCGUGCGCGCGCACACACACACACACACACACGCAGGGAGAAUGGAUGUGCAGAGAAAGCGUGAGGUAAAGAGAGACUGUCACAGGUGCAUAAUUUCCAUUUAGAGAUCCAGUGAUUCGAAACAAACAAUCAUGUUGGAACUUUUUACUUUUUUUGUAGAUGGAUCACAACAAAAGCUUUGAAAUUCUUUGCUUACUAUGUGUGUUUUUUUUAGUGUCUUUUUGAAAGACAAUUAUCAAUAAAGAGAACUUUAUUUAA